GGCCAACUGAGUCUCAAUCGCCUGGACCAUCUGAUCAGUUUCUCAAACAAACGGAAGACGCAGUCUCUCCUCCUCUCCCUUUGAAGUUUGAACAGUCACCCGGGGUCGUCUCCGAGGUAUCAGCUCCCCACGGUCGACCUUCAGAGAAAAUAUUCCAUGGAGACUUGCCCCUCAGUGAAGAACGUCCUUCUCUUGGAUUCGGAAGGAAAACGCGUGGCCGUCAAGUAUUAUUCCGAUGACUGGCCCACACUAAGCUCGAAGCUGGCAUUCGAGAAAGCUGCAUUCUUGAAGACCCAGAAGACAAAUGCACGAGCGGAAGCUGAAAUAACUAUACUUGAUAAUUAUGUUUUGGUCUACAAGUUUGCGGCUGAUCUGCAUUUCUUUGUCACUGGUGGGGAUAAUGAAAAUGAGCUUAUUUUAGCGGCAGUCCUUCAGGGCUUCUUUGAUGCUGUUGGAAUUCUUCUCAGAAGCAAUGUUGACAAGAGAUCAGCUCUGGAGAAUUUGAAUCUCAUCCUCCUAUGCAUUGACGAGAUUGUUGAUGGGGGGAUUAUUCUUGAAACUGAUGCAAAUGUAAUCGCCAGCAAAGUAGCUACAGAUGGCCUUGAUGGAUCAGCACCCUUCUCCGAACAGACGUUAUCCCAAGCCUUUGCCACGGCAAGAGAACACUUGGCUAGGUCACUACUCAAGUAAAAAGCCGGUCUUCCGUCGUCUGGAUCUCUUCCAAUGUGGGAUGGAUUCUAGGACAAGAAGACAUUUUAAAGAUACUUCACAUGGAGUUUGAGGCUGGAGUUGUCUUUAGUUCUAGGAUUUGCAUAAUCAUCGUGGGAUUCUGUUCAAACGUAGUCACGUCUCUCUCUCUCUCUCACUCUCUCUCUCUCUCUCUCUCUUUCACACACACACACACACACACACACACACACAUUGUCCAUUUUCCCAUAUGACCGCACAGGAUUUAUGUUUUUAGUGGACAUUAUUUGUUCUAACAAAAUAGUGGAAAGUUUUCUUCAGUA